AGCGCUGCCGGAGGCCUUUACAAGCUCAUCUCCUGCUUGCGUGAUGUAACAUCUUUGGUAACAUUACUGAAACCGGAACGCCGGAACCAACUGCUAAGAAAGUCAACUCAAUCCAAUCUUAAUCGAGCCAAGACGAGUGCGGAGUGGUCUGUGUGAUGUCGCUGGUGAAAGGCGGAGACGCUUUUCACCGCAUGAACUUUCUGUAUCAGGUUGCAAACAAAGUUCUGGAACAGGAUCCUUCAGCGGGCAAGGUUGCAUCUUUCUAUGGUCAUGUGCUGCACAUGAUAUCUCGCCGCGUCCAAGCCAAACUCGAUCCCAGCAUUAAACGCAGUCUGUGCAAGAAAUGUAGUGUGCUCCUUUUUCCUGGAGUCACCUGCACCGAACGUCUGAGAGCCUCACCUGGACGUGGUCAACGCCUCGUCGUCACGUGCCUUCACUGCGGCACUAUCAAGCGAUUUCCCACCAGGCGGGGCUACGAGUUGUGGUACGACAAGGCGGAAGCCCUCGGCAACCAAGCCAUUGCCGCCACUAAAGACAGCGCCGCCAAAGGGAGCACCGCUUCGACUGCCAAUACAGCUUCAACAAAGGGUGACACACCAACAGCCACUGCAUCGAGCUAGCUUACCGAAGUCGCUGCCGUGGUCGUCUCGCCAUGGAAUCUGGCGACGCGGCAGCCCAGUCGCCCAAGCUGAACGAGCUAGCUGCGACGAUGUUCGACAAAACAGGGCAGUACAUUCAGAGCGAGCUGUCGUCUACGCUGGACGACUACAGGCUAACGGAGGAGAUGAACAAGGCCACAGUGGCCAAGUACAGCGACAUGCAGCAGAUUGCCGGCAACGUUGCGAAGUCCCUGAAAGAGCUUAACGACAAGUUUCACC